UCUCCGAAAAGGGAUACAAUGGUGGUGAGCAGCUUUUUCUGCAGUGGUUCUAUUGAAGAUGUUCACAGUCAACUGAAAAGAAUUAUACAAAUCACAAAUAUAUACAGAUGGAUCAUCGAUGCUUAUGUUUCGGACUUCUUCGUGAAGCGACAUUGGGAUGGUCUGCCGAGGAGCUGGCGAGAGUUCCUCACAAGCCUUACCCCUCCUGUCAUGGUCAGUCUCCUAGACCCUGCAGCUACAUCUGCCUGCUUCAGGUCAGUUCGACCUUUGUCACUGAUGGCUUUCCAGAUCUGUGUCUCCACCCUGUCACUGAAGAACACCCCAGUGGAUUUGGACGAGGCUUCUGUCUGUGAAUCUUUGCUGAGUACUUUCCAGCAGUCUCUGCAAGUUGCUAAACAAGGGCAGACAACCCAGCAGCAAGAAACACGUAGCAAGGAGCAAGCUGCAAAGAACCAGUCGAUCAAAAUGGAGGCAGGUGAAGAAAGUGGCCCACCGUCGUCAAACAUAUCAUUCUCUGCUUUGCAAGAACUACGUCUUUCUGAAACAUUGAAGCCAGCACACCAACUGGAGGCAUUACAAUUCCAUACCAGUAAAGAUGAAACAAAAUAUCUGAAUGUACUUUUUCCAACAGAAGUCCACCAGUAUUCAGUGCAAAGGGAGAAACCUUCAAACAUGUCAGUAAAUACACAGUGUGAUAAAGAGAGAGAUUUAUUGCAGAUUUCAAAUCAGAACCCAAAUAUUUCUAAUCAAAAGGAGAAAACUCAAACAGAGGCAACACCCCAGUCAAAGUUAGUAUCUCAGUUAUGUGUGAAAUCAUGUUCUGCGUCAAGUCACAGUAACAUAAAACUCUCUGAUACUUCCUGCAGAGAAAUACAAGAAAAUGAAGGUAAAAUGUCAAUUUCUCCAGUGUCGGCAGACACUUGCAGAACUGUACUGUUGAAUUGUGGGACAGCAAAUGAAGGUGAUUCCGAAAGCAAGAUGGCAGAUUCAAAGUCCAACAGCUGGGAUGCUAGUAAGACGUAUGGCGCUGCAGCGAUGAAGAACGGACAGUGUAUGGCAAUGGAACAUAUUUUCAGAAAACAUGUCAAACCGAAAAAACAACACGAAAUUCAACGGCUGAGUAAGGUGAUCUCUCUGCUCUGUGAUCAUUGCAACUCCUCCCAGGUCAUUGAUGUUGGAGCUGGGCUAGGUCAUCUGUCAAGGUUGCUGACCUUUGCCUACAAUGUUAAGGUCACCACUGUGGAGGCAGCUGCAUGUCAUGCCCCAAAGGCAGUCAAGUUUGAUCAUGAGACAAAGACUGACAUGAAGAAAGCUGUGUUACGGGAACGACAGCACCAAAGUGAGGAUGCAGCAGAAGUGAGAAACAAUGACUGGUCCCCAGACCUGUCGCUACCCAAUCACGUCGUGUCUACCAUCUCAGCUAGCAUGUCCACCGAGGACUUUCUCACAUUAAUCACCCGCAGAAAAGAAAAGCAAAACAGUUUAACUCAUCAAAAUGUCCGGUCUGACAAUAGUCGGCCAGGUUUCAAGGAUGGAAGAUGUCAUCAGGGAUUUGUGGAUGAGAGUCGGCUAGUUCCUGGUAUGAAAAUCACAAGAUCGACUGAACCAGUUUUAGGGCUGAACACCAAGUGUUUAGAAGAGUGUCCAGUGACAGUCGAUGUGAAAACAGGUGCCACAGAUGCUCAAACACUGUCUUCAUUAUCUAAGCAUGAUUUUGCAGUGAAAACUAAAAGUGAAACUAAAAAAGGUUUUGUAGAUCUAGGUCACCCGUGUUGUAAUAAUUCUGCUGAAUGUGUGGUAGAACAGUGCCAGGGUGAGACGACAGGGAAACAUGAGAAAAUAGAGCGUGAACCAUUGAGUAACUCUGCUGACCCAAGACCUGAUGUAAAACGCGCAAACAUGACACAGAGUCGUUUGGAGACUGGAGAUGAUUCGAGAGAGAGAUUUGUGUUAGCAAGUCUCCAUGCAUGCGGUGACCUCACUCCCACAUUGUUACGCGUUUUUGUUGACAGUGAGUCGGCAGCUGGACUAGCGUCUGUGGGGUGUUGUUACAUGAAGCUCUCCACUCGCAGCGGUGUAGACGACGCAGUGUGUGACGAGAUUGGCUACCCGAUGAGCGAGUUUGUUGGCAGUCUUCCUGGUCAUCAGCUGUCGUUCGCUGCUCGAGAGCUGGCUUGUCACUUCAUCGGCUGCUACUGCCAGAGACUCCGAGAUAACUCUGAUCAUCUGAAGAUCCAUGGUUAUCGAGCAGCUGUUCAGCUCAUUAUUCUCGGAAUGAGGCCAGACUUCCGACAUGGAGAGGCAAGAUGUACAGUGAAGAAUGCUACUCAGAUGAAAUUUGAGAAGUAUGCUGAGUGCAUAUCCGAUAAAGUGGGCCUUGGCCACGACAUUCCCGAUGACUUGUUGAAGAGAGCUCAGAGCUGUGUCACCCAUUGGAAGGAUGUUGUAGCAUUCUAUGUGAUUCGGCUGUCUCUCGCACCACUCAUCGAAACACUCAUACUCUUGGACAGGAUGGUGUACCUGUAUGAAAAAGGUAUUUCCAGUACACUGGUUCCCAUCUUUGAGCCUCGCCUCUCGCCUAGAAAUUAUGUUCUUCUUGCCAGCAAGCUGUGACUGUAGGACACUUUACAUGGAGAUUAUGGUCAAAACUGAUACAUUUUUUAAACAAACACAUCAUUUAUAAAGCUAUUGUCUGUGUUCCUGAAUUUAAGUUGAAAUAAAAAUGUAUAUACAA